UUGGAAAUAGAGUCGAUGAUCCGGUACACGUCUCCUAUCAACCCGGCAGUUUUCCCACAUCUAACAGUCCUUCUCCUUGGCAUCGGCAUAUUCUUCACGGCCUGGUUCUUCGUCUAUGAAGUCACGAGCACAAAGUUAUCGAGGGAUCUAUUCAAAGAGUUAACGCUAUCACUGGUCGCGGCAUUAUUCUCGGGAUUCGGAAUUCUCUUCUUGCUAUUGUGGGUUGGAAUCUACGUGUGAUCGUUGUGUAAAUGUUAGUUUGUAAGCUAUGUAUAGCAUUCCGAGUGUGUUUGGCAAGAAGAUUGGUUCUGUAUGACCAAAUGUUUGUAUCUAAUAAAUUUUAUAUGUAAGAAAA